AUGGUGGAGGAAUUCAAAAAGAUCAAAACAUCAGGAUGGAGCAAGCCACUAAAUAUAACCUCUUGUACUCAUCUCACUGAGGUAAAUAGUAGCUUUGCAGCCAUGGUCAGUGAGGCUGAAGUGCUGAAGGAACAUGUGGGCAUGGAAAUGUUAAUUGUCACCAUUCAAAUUGAGGUUACCAAGAACACAAAUGCAACUCUAGAGUUUGUCUGCUAUGAGUGCAUGGUUCAAGAGCAUCUAGUCAAGCUGGUUGGGUGGUGCCACACUGAAUGGGGUAACCCCAGCAAUCUGAAAGGUGGAGUUGAAUGGCUAGAGGCUCUUGCACAGGCAGUUUCAGAUAGGAAGUGCAAGUUUGUUUGA